AACGGAUCGAGGCUCUCCAUGAUGCAAUCGUCUGGGGUUUCGAUUGUUUACUUCUGCGGAGAGAAAAUCGGAGAGGAAACCUGGAAGCAUAACCUAGUUUGCCGAGAAAGAGUCUGAUAAACAUAAAAAGAACCUGACCAGCCAAUGUGUUUGAGCUACCUAUUCUUGAGAUAAUAUCCUUCUUCCCAAGCUCUCACCCUCAAGCAAGCUUCCAUCAUGUCGUCCGCCGCAAAGAAGCUUAUCGUCGCCGGAGGCAACGGUUUCCUCGGCUCCAGGAUCUGUCAGGCGGCUGUCCACAGAGGAUGGGAUGUGACAUCAAUUAGUCGCUCCGGCCAACCGAACUGGUCUUCCGUAUCCGCCUCCCCCUCCGCUCCCUCCUGGUCGACCGCCGUUUCCUGGGAGCGCGCUGACAUCUUCCGCCCCGCCGAGUGGAUUGCCCUCCUGAACGGUGCUGACUAUGUCGUCCAUUCUCUGGGCAUCCUCCUCGAAGCCGACUACAAGGGCGUCAUCUCCGGUCGGGAAUCUCCUAUUGCAGGCCUCCAGAAGGCCUUCUCGCCCCGUCACACCCCAAACCCGCUCCAGCGUCGUCCCGAUGACGAGCUCCGUCCUCCGACCAACGCGAACCAGUUGACCUACGAGAUGAUGAACCGCGAUAGCGCCAUCCUGCUCGCCAAGGAGGCCGCUAACAAAGGCGUUAAGGGCUUUGGAUACAUCUCGGCUGCGGGAGGAGCGCCCGUGUUGCCGAGCAGGUAUAUCUCAACCAAGAGGGAGGCUGAGGACGUGAUCGCGCGGGAGUUUCCCGACAUGCGGAGUGUAUUCUUCAGGCCGCCAUUCAUGUACGACAGCUCGCGGCCUGUGACGAUGCCGCUGGCGGCGAUGACCAUGGCGGGAAGUAUCUUCAACGGGGCCACAGGAGGAGUGCUAUCAGACUUCUUGGGGAGUGCGGGGACGAAGCCUCUCAAGGCAGAUCUGGUUGCGGAGGCGGUGGUGGAAGGAUUGGACGAUACAGCGGUUAAAGGGGCAGUUGAGGUCCCCGAGCUGGAGACUUUGGCGAACAAGGGUUGGAGGAGAACUAUGCUUUGAGAGCAAAAAAUCGGCUCAAAUGGUCUGUAUUUUACCUGAAUCAUAACCUUGGCAAUGUAUAAAACGAUGAUGCUUGACAUAUAAAAACCAAUAAUCAAUCCUUCAACGCCGUUUCCUCUUCGCACGAAGCCCAGAGUUACCCUAAACCAUGGUUCCUCUCUCAAAGCUGUCCCUAAUCUCUGCCGUGUACUUGUUAUAGAACCUCGACAGCUUCUGGUUGAACUGCUUGUUCUUCUCGUUGAUGUACGUGACGUCCGCGUCGUCGCCGUUGUUCGCCAUGCGCUCCCUCCUUUUCUUAAGGCUGGCCUCCUCGGCCUUGCGCAUAUCGGCCACCAGUCGAUCAACGGCCGCCUUGUCGGGCUUGUGUUGUGCGAACUGCGUCGAGUCUGCCGUGCUAAAGAAGGUGCCGUCCUUGUCAAUCGCAAUCAUCUCUCCAUCCUCUGUCUCAACAAUCUCCAAUGUGCCAGCCGCCGCAGCCUUUUCGAUCGCCGCCAACUUUUCGCGCGUGUACCUCUCCAGAUCGGGGCCUCCCAUGUUGCGCAGUUGCCGCUUGUAGGACUUUUCGGCUUGUUGGUUGUAGUCGCGGAAGGCAGUGUCAUCGCGGUGCGCCUCCUUCUUUUUCAUGCGCUUGUCCCACCGCUCUGAUUCCUCGACCGUCCAGUCCCAAGCCCGCUUGCGCUCAAAGUCGCCCCCGGCAUCUUCAAUGUCGGCUUUCAGCAGCUUGUGGGAGGCAAUCGCGUGGCGACGGCCGAGGGCAGUGAGUUGACUAGGGUCGCUCUGGAGGCGCUGGGAUUCUUUGGUGGCUUUUUUGAGAUUUUGCUGCGAGGAUGACUUGGCGCGGGCUUGGAGGGCACGGAAACGCUCGGCACGCUCGCGAGCUUUGGCGGCCGCAGACUCUGCAGCAGAGGUGGAUGUGGGUGGAGUUGACGAGGACUGAGAUGUUGCUGCGGUGUCAGGUUGUGCGGUCUCCGAGGCUGAUAGAACCGGUGGUGAUGAAGAUGACGUCGUUGCGAGCGCUGCUUCUGUGACCGAUGGCUCCUCCUUGGAAUCGGUCACGGUCUGAUUAUUUGGCUCUGUCGUGGACUCGGCGACGUCGUUUUCUUGUUGAGUGACUUCUGCCUUGUCUUCGGGCUCGGUCUUUCUUUUCUUUUCAGGAGGCAUUUUCAAUAGACUUCGUUUUGUUGAGAUGUGUUGUGUGGGUAAG